AUGGGUAGUAAAAGAGAAUAUCAACUCGAAGACGGAAAGCUAAUUUUGGACCGAGUUCGCAGUUACUUUGAUGUUCCGUUUUCGAGACCUCCGACAAGUGUCGACCUUUCUAAAGAUGACCAAUUAUAUAUAGACAUUGCCGCUUAUUUUAAAGAACACCUUAAAGAAGUUUCAUAUAACAUAACAAUGAUUUCAAUUUUACAAAACAGAACUCUUUGGGAAAGGUAUCAACAAUUUAAGAGUUUACAACAAGCUAUAGAAAAAGAAGAGAAGCCCAAUGCAUUAUUUCAAACAGAGUAUGAGACUUUAUUUAAGGAUACGGUCUUAUUUCAUGGAACACAACCAGAUAACGUUAUAUCCAUAUUGGACCACGGUCUAGAUGGUCGUUUUUCAAAAUCUUUUGGUAAUUGCGGACCCGCAAUAUAUUUAUCACCAAGUUUAUAUAAAUGUGAUCAAUUCGCUAGUCGUAAUAGCUCAAAAAGAGCUUUAGUUGUUUGUGUGACUGCUCUUGGAAAAAUAUUCGAUAACACAAAAGAUAAAGAUAAAUCUGUGAACCCACAUACAAAGUAUCCUCCUAAAGGAUAUCACAGUGUUAAACAUUACGUUGCCGUGGCUGAUGAAUAUGUGGUGUAUGAUAAUUCUCAGGUUUUACCUAUUUUGUCGAUACAUUAUGAAAAAGCUCAGGGAAAUAAUGCUUUACAUGCCAAUCCUUUCAUGUUACAAUUACCAGGAAUGAAACCAAUAACGGGAUUUAAUUCAUUUAAUACAAACAAUCAAAGUAAUUUUAAAUGGCCUAUUAACAAUGGAAAUACAUCAUCAUCACAAUUUAACACCAAUGGAUGCAUUAGUUCAAGUGGUAAUAAUUAUUCAUCAUCAUUGCCACCUAUUCAACUAGCCAAUUUCAAUUUACCUCCACUUCCUUUAAAUUUCAAUCCCAUUGUAACUCAAGUGCAAGUGCAUCAUCAACCUAUUACAGCCUUUUCUUCAUCGAAUUGGAUGCUUCGUAAGGCACAAGCUAUGAUACAACAAUGGACACACCAAGUUGAUUUAUCAAGUGGACUUUUAAGCUUUUAUGGUGUGACGACGAUGGCUUAUAAGCAGUUCUGGCCAGCAAAAUCAAAUGACGGUUAUCCAUCUCUCGUGUCAUAUUUAGACUUUGUUUUGUCCUCCAGACAAUCAAAUCUCUCUUCAUCAAAUUUAGACCAGGGGUUUAUUAAUAUGUUAAAAAAGCUUAAAAGUUCUGAAGGAAUAGUACAUGCUAAAAGACGACAAGUCGAAAAGUCUAAGUCUAUCAAUUUGUUUCAAUAUACUUCUUUGGCUACACAAAAUCGACUUCGGGAAGCAGCGCAGGAAAGCUGUACUAUAUGUGCUGAAUUGAUAGUCAAUUUAAAUCAACCUUCCGAUAUUGUAAAAAUGAACAAUUGUCCUCACGUUUUUCACAAAUCUUGUAUAGAAACAUGGUUAUAUAUGCCUUCAUCACAGAUGAUAUGUCCUAAUUGUAAAACUCCUUGUCAUGAUCCUAUGGCACCACCUCCGAUAGGACCUAUGCCGGAUGGAGAAAUGGCAUAUUCUUUUAGUGAAAAAUUCGGCGCUUGGUUCAUAUGUUAUUCAAUUCCUCAUGGAAAACAACUUCCCUGUCACCCUUCUCCAGGAAAACCUUUUAAAGGUACUACACGAACUGCUAUUUGUCCUAUAUAUCACAAAUGGGGUCCAUUAUUACUCAUACGUAUGAUCGCAGCCUUUUAUUAUCAUCAUACCUUUACAGUAGGUACUUCUCUCACAACUAAUAUGUCGGAUGUUAUAAUUUGGAAUGGCAUACAUCACAAGACAACGAUUGAUGGUGGAUUUGGAUUUCCUGAUUCAACUUAUGAAGAACGAGUUUCUUUGGAGUUAGAUGGGAAAGGGAUUCUCUUGUUCCUAAGAGAUUUGAUGAAAUAA